AUGUCCUUCUCUGGAAAAUACCAACUGGAGUCUCAAGAGAACUUUGAGCCUUUCAUGAAGGCCAUUGGUCUUCCUGAUGACCUCAUCCAGAAGGGCAAAGAUGUUAAGAGCAUCUCUGAGAUUGAGGAGAAUGGCAACAACUUUAAGGUGACUGUCACAACUGGAUCCAAGGUCCUCGUCAACUCUUUCACCAUUGGGCAGGAGGCUGAGCUUGAGACCAUCACGGGCGAGAAGGUCAAGGCGGUGGUUCAGCGUGAAGGCAACACAUUGAAGGUUUCCCUGAAGGGAAUUGAGUCUGUCACCCGCCUCGAUGGGGACACAAUUGUCAAUACUAUGACACUCGGUGACAUUGUAUACAAGAGGAUGAGCAAACGUAUUUAA